AUGAACUACGGUGGUGGCUAUGAAGCUUACGGCAACGACGACUACGGUGGUAAUGGGGGUGGUUUCAUGUCCAGUCAGCCAUCAGGAAGUCAGGCUACACCAAAUAAACGUGGUUUAGGUGCACAGAGCAUCUUUCCCGUGACUGUCAAGCAGCUGCAAUCGUUAAACACGGGGGACGAUGAUCUGCGGCUAGAUGGCCAGGAGUUGUCGACUGUGCGACUCGUGGGAUUACUCACUAACCUUACACCACAGUCAACAAGUGUGCGUUUUCAAUUGGAUGAUGGCUCUGGAGCUUUUGACUGCCAAUAUUUUGUCAAUGCCGACGAAGACACCAGCGAGGCCGUUCUAAGGGAGGGAAGUUACGUGCGAGUGGUGGGCAAAUUGCGUAGCUUCCAGGGAAAGACGAGUCUUUCUUGCUUUAGUGUUGGUACAAUUGAAGAUAUGAACGAGCUGACACAUCAUUUAUUGGAAGUAAUCUAUGUACAUUGUUACAAUACCAAGGGACCACUCCAUGGUAGUAAGGCGGAUGUCACUAUGACGUCGUUUAAUACGCCAACCAAGGCUGUCAACCAUUGGAAUCAACCAGCAACAGAAAUUCAUGGAGGUGGCAUGGAAGACGGUUUGAUGGAUUCUACCUUCUCACCAGAGCAAAAAGCAAUUUUGGAUGUUCUAGGCACGUGCUCCAGUAAUUGUGGACUGAAGAUUGAUCAGAUAUAUACUAACCUGAAGAGUCAGAUCACGGAGCAGCAAUUGCGAAGUGCAUUAAACUAUCUCAUGAACGAAGGUCAUGUCUACUCGACCAUCGAUGAAGACCAUUUUAAGCGCACGUAG